CCGAGAUGUGCUUGAAUAUGAAACAGGCAUUUGAAAGUUUAGAAGCAGACUAUUAAGAAGAAAGCCACCUCAGCUGUGUCACCAUGAUUCAGAUUGCUCCUUUCACAUGUAAACAAGAUCUCUGUGGUCGAAGCAAGCCAGUAGAAGCCCUUUCCUUCCUGUUAACUGAACCUGACUCUGGAGUCCUCGACUGGUUCCUGCUUCUUCUCUGGCAACACAUGAGUUCUACAACUACUAGAUUCUGAAGGCUGCAUUUUUCCAAGGAGUCACUUUUGCCGAUGCCGGAAAGUUCCAAUGAGGAACAAUCUCUCGGAAGAGCUGGCCCACCCAACUUACCUUGGCCUUAAUGGAAGUGCAGAGGCGCGGAUGCUGCACAGCACCACACAGGGAAACUGCACCGAUCCUGGCAUCCACUUCCAGCAUUCCCUUUAUGCAGUUACAUAUACAGUCGUCCUCAUCCCAGGCCUCCUGGCCAACAUGUUAGCCCUGUGGAUGUUAAGCUCGUACAUCAGAAAGCGGAACAAAACCAUCAUUUUCCUGGUGAACUUGGCCUUAGCUGACCUCGCUCACAUUAUGUCCUUACCUCUACGGAUAUAUUAUUAUAUCAACAACGUGUGGCCAUUUGGGCUCUUCCUUUGUCAGUUCUGUUUCUACCUGAAGUACCUCAACAUGUACGCCAGCAUCUGCUUCCUCACCUGCAUCAGCAUCCAACGGUACCUCUUCCUGCUCUACCCGUUCAAAGCCAAAAACUGGAAACGGAGGUACGAUAUCAGCAUAUGCGUCGCCAUAUGGAUCAUUUCGGGAGCUAGCUGCCUGACGUUUCCCUUGUCCAGAAAAUUUGAAAAUCCCACGUCUUGCUUCACCGAACUUGGCAUCAAAACAGGCAACAAAGUCACGUCUUUGCUUAUGGUGACAUUGGCCGAAUUCUUUGGGUUUGUGAUUCCUCUCGUCGCCAUUGUCUAUUGCACCUGGAAGACCAAAAUGUCGCUUCAGGAACCCCAAAUACAUUUGCAGAGCACCAGUGAGAAGCAGAAGGCUUUGCGAAUGAUUGCCAUGUGUGCCGUCGUCUUCUUUGUAUGUUUUACACCAUAUCAUGUUGUGUUUUUCUUUUAUAUGUUGGUAAAAAACCAAGUGAUUACAAACUGCGCCUCACGCCAAAGUAUCCUCUACCUUCACCCGUUUUGUUUAAGCCUUGCAAGCUUCAACUCCUGCUUGGAUCCAGUCCUAUAUUUUUUUACGACAUCGGAGUUCCGCCGGAUAUCGAGACAUAGCAGUUUGGCCUUUAGGAGUCGUUUGAUGAGCAAGGAAAGUGCUUCGUCUGUUAAGGAAUAAAAUGAUAAAGUCUGACUUUGGGCUGACUUCAGAUUCAUCAGAGAAUUAAUUUCUGCAUUUGAGUUCCCUGUGCUGAGAGGGUGUGUGUGUGUGUGUGUGUGUGUGUGUGUGUGUGUGUGGCCAUGGCCUCGAAGACCUCUUAAGGUCCCUUGUGACUGUAACAUGCUAUGAUUGUGCAGUGUUAUCAGAGGCUCUUGGAGCAAUUUGAAAUGUCAGUGCAAACGCUAGGGUUUUAAUUAAAUAAUUACAUCCAAUUAAAUAAACAGAGCAGGCAAACCCUGUGCAUGCA